AGUUUAGCCUCGAAUAUCUGUCACUGCCACAGCUGUCAAACCAAUUGUCAUUUUUCUAAUUUUCGACUGCGAUUACGACCACUUUCUGCCAUAUAAUUAUUCAAUAAAAAGAAGGAUGGGCGGACAUGGUCACGCACCUUACGUGGUCCCUGACCACAAGUGUUUCCAGGUGAAGGGGAUCCCGCAGCUCGAGGAGCUGGAGAAGGCUUUGGCUCAGAAGGGACUAAAGGACCCUUGGAUCAGAAACGAGGCCUGGCGAUAUAACCCUGGUUUUGGCACCAAAUGGGGUCGCGCGAGAAAAGUGUUCUUCCGUGGCUUCUCCAUCGGCCUGGGCCUGGCGCUGAUCACUGCCAGUGCGGAAAAGAUGCUCGGAGGCGGUCACGGAGACCAUGGCCAUGAGGAAAAGGGUGGACAUCAUUAAAUUAUUGAAUGCUGUGUUAGUGAAUAAAGUUAUUGAUAGUUUA